AUGCAGAUCCUAAGACCUACAAAGCUACUAGGUCCGCCUGGAAAACCUGAUUUAUUGGAAACCGCAUUUGGAUACAUACUCUUAGGGUCGAUCGCUUCGCUCCCUUGUCACAAUAAUACCGUGCCUUGUGAUAACGAUCACGCCUUUUUAUCGUCGAGUAAUGACUCGAUCGAAACUUUAGUCUCGAAGUUCUGGGAGUUGGAGUCAGUUCCGACUAAAACACACAUGUCUAAAUCCGAACAGGAAUGUGAGGAUUUUUAUGAUUUAAAUACAUACCGCGAUAACAUAGCUGGACGCUACGUCACCGCUUUGCCUUUCUUGAGGUCGUCUACCGCUCUGGGCGAUUCUCUUACAACCGCACGUCGCUGUCUGUCGUCACUCGAACGCAGAUUUCAGACAAAUACCGCUUUAAAAACUGAAUACGAUGCCGCGAUGAGAGACUAUCUCGAACGGAACAUCAUUUCACCCGCACCCGCUCUUACUGAUACGAAUUAUUACGUCAUCCCUCACCACGGCAUAAGCCGAGAAGACAAGCCGCUCCGCAUUGUACUGAACGCAACUGCACGAUGCAUAGAUACAAACGUUUCAUUGAACGAUUGUUUACAUUCCGGUCCUAACUUGCAAGCAGACCUAACCGCGAUUAUUUUAAAAUUCAGACUGUUUCCGAUUGCUUUAACCGCCGACAUCAAACAAAUGUUUUUGGCUAUAGGCAUUCGUGAGGAAGACCGCUGCUUUUUAAAUAUAUUAUACAAAUUUGACAAAGAUGAUACCGCGAAAAUGUAUCAUUUUAAUCGCGUUUGUUUUGGUCUACGGUGCUCGCCGUACCUUGCUAUGAAGACAGUCAAGCGUCUCGCCCGCGAUGAAACUGAUUUCCCGAUCGCUUCAGAAAUCGCUAGUGAUCAUCUUUAUAUGGAUGAUCUAGGAGUUUCGGUAGAUACGCCCGAGAAUGGAAUUCAGUUGGCUCAUGAUUUAAUCGAACUAUUCAAACGUGGUGGUUUCUACUUAGUUAAAUUCGUUAGCAAUUCGCCCGAGGUGUUAAAAUCAAUUCCGCAAGCCAACCGCUUAUCUUCAAAAAUUGAAUUCGACAAGGAGGAUAAUAUGAAGCUCCUAGGUCUAAUCUGGUCACCGGUCGAGGAUGAAUUUUCAAUCGCUAUUAAAUUCAACCCGCAAGCAAAAUGUACAAAGCGCCUUAUGCUUUCCACAAUCGCUAAACUGUGGGACAUAAACGGAUUUUGUGCCCCUGUCAUCUUACACGCAAAAUUAUUAAUUAAAGCUCUUUGGAUAGCUCAGAUUGAUUGGGAUGUAGAGCCUCCAAGUGACAUCUGUGCUGCAUGGAAGCGCUUUCUUAAUGAACUCCCCGCUCUGCAAGACUUUAAAAUACCUCGCUUCGUAGGCAUCGUGCCCGAGUCCCGUGUUAUACUACUGGGAUUUGCGGACGCUUCUGAAAAAGCGAUGGGUGCUUCUGUGUACAUUUGUGUACAACCGGCUUCCGGACCAAAUGAAGUCAAUUUAAUUGGUGCCAAAAGCAAGGUCGCGCCGCUCAAGGUUGUUUCCUUAGCCCGCCUAGAGCUUUGUGCUGCUGUAUUAUUAUCGAAACUGUUUCGAUUUGUUAUCGACACUGUUUCUCCCCGCUGUCAUGUCGACGAAAUUUUCGCGUUUACUGAUUCGACAGUGGCCCUCCAUUGGGUUCACUCGUCUCCGCAUCGCUUUGAUACUUUCAUUGCGAACCGCAUCGCACAAAUACAGAACAACCUUGACCCCAAACACUUCUACCAUUGUGAAGGUAAUUUCACAACACACUUGGUGCCUAAGUCAGUACCACAGCAUUUCUGGCAGGCGAUCCUCGAUUACUGCGAGACCUCCAUCAUCUCGCAGAAGGGGGCGAUGGAACGGGAGAGGGAGAGCUGUUCUUCCCUUUCGGCGCCGUGCCGCUGCCGUCGAGCCGGGGAUCUGAAGAGGGCGUUCGUGCUCCGGCUCCUAUGA